AGUAAUCCAUCUUGAAAGUGUGACAUUACACCAAAGCAUAUUUUAGAACCACCCAAAGGAAACGUCUGCCAGUGUCGAACGGAACAGCACAAGACCAACAACUACUCUUCUCUGUAAUAUCGUAGUAUUUCUCCAAGAAUCAUCAGAAUAUGGGAGUUGCGACAGGUCCCAGAGUUCCAGAUGGACCAGAUGGUAAUCCCAUCGUAUCGGUAGAGUACGAACUCUUUGGUCUAGUCCAAGGCGUUUUCUUUCAGAAAUAUGCCAAAGAGGUAGCUGAGCAACUUUCAAUUGGAGGCUGGAUAAAAAAUACCAAACAGGGCACGAUCGUGGGUAGACUGCAAGGGCUGAAAAAUUCUUUACAACAAAUGCUUGAGUGGAUGGUGACGGAGGGAAGUCCAGGAAGUCGAGUAGAAAAGCUGGAUCUCUCCAAAUGGGAAUUUACGGCAAUGCAAGACUUUAAAAACUUUAGUAUUCGUUUCUGAUCUGUGCCUCGAACAGCGUGGGAUGACGAAAAUGAAUUUCCUAAUAUGCCCUCGAUUUUCAGUUUGUAAAUGCACCUUAUUUUUUUGAAACGCAAAUAAAUUAAUAUAUUUUAUCUUUACGAAAUGGA